UCCUCUCUCCAAAAUGGCGCUUCGCCGAUCACUUUCGAAGCGCCUCUUCUCCGCCACCGCCCCUCCACCCCCGUCUCCGACCCUCGUCCACUCUCCUCGGCCCUCCCCGGCCCACCGCCACCGCUCCCCUACCUUCUUCCGCCGUUUCCUCCAGCGCCGCGCGCUGAACAACCACUCCGCCCUCCCCUCUUUCCUGUCGCUCCCCGUCGGCGAUAAGCUCAGGGAGAAGCUCAAGCCGAUGAGCGUCGCAGGAUACCAGCUCCCCUGUCUUGAAGCCGGCGAGGUGGAGGAGGGAGGAGUCUGCGUGAGCGCGGCAGACGCGAAGAGGGUGAUGAGGCUCGUGAAAAUGGAAGGUGUUAGAGAGAGGCUGAGGAAUAUUCCGGCGAGUACGGUUCCGUACAGUGAGUUUUUGAGGAUAUGCGUUGAGGCGUGCGGCUGCGGACAAAUGGGUGCCGAGUUCGCUAAGGCAUUGGAUGACUCCGGGAACGUCAUCGUUUUGGGUGCUCUUGUUUUUCUCCACCCCGAUCAGGUGGCAAAAUCAAUGGAGACACUAAUAUCGGAAGCAUUUGGGAUGUCGAACGAGCCGAGAAGGAGAGAAUUGACAAAGCUGGAGCAGCAAAAGGGCGUCAUCGACGAAAAAGCCCGAUCUCUCGUGCGACGUGAACUCUACUGUGGGCUGGGCUUCGUGGGCCUCCAAACAUUGGGCUUCAUGAGGCUAACGUUUUGGGAGUUGAGUUGGGAUGUGAUGGAGCCCAUUUGCUUCUUUGUGACAUCCCUCCAUUUUGCAUUAGCCUAUGCCUUCUUUUUGAGGACAUCCAAAGAGCCCUCUUUUGAAGGCUACUUCCAAACCAGGUUUAGAGUUAAACAAGAGAAGCUCUUCAGCCUCCACAACUUUGAUGUCCACAGGUAUAAUAAGCUUUCUCAGGCUUUUUACCCUUAUCGAUACAACCACAGCUCAUGGAAAUGUAAGUAGAUGUUAGGGAGGGGUGUGCAUGUGGAAAGGAUGAACUCUUCAUUAUGUAAUUAGCAUUAUACAUAUUUACCCUUUAAUAUUAUAUACGCUAUAA